AUGCCUAAUCUUUCGACAGGCAUGCUGCCUGGUGAUAGAGCCCUAUCGAACAAUGAAUGCCUCGCCCGAGAUGAAGACCAGGCGCAUUUUGCUGAAGAUUCCGAUAAAUUGGUUGCGGGCUUCAAACAGACCAUUGCCGCCCCGGUGGGCGAACUACAGACACGAGCAACGGGGACUGGAAACAGCGACUGUGACCCAAUUGAAGCAACGCUCAAUGUCCGCGGUGAGGAUGCUCUCACCUUCGAUGCUGACUGCUGGGCGAUGCUGUGUGGAGGAAAAGAUCCAAUUAUGCAAAAGAUUGCAGCAAAGUUGAGCGACAAGAAUCGUUAUGUUGGCACUGGAAGCGCCGCCUCCAAGCAGCCCUUUAAAAACCCCUUGUCUCACGGAAUAAAGGCCCUUCCACCCACUACUAUAUGGGGUCUCAACCAAGACUGGAAUUCCGCUGAAGAAUUUCCAUUUGCAUCAACGGUUGGGGGUGGACAAGGUGCCUAUCUAUUCCCGGUGAACAAAAAGUCGCAGGACGAGCAGGCGACCGCGCUUUCUACAUUCUAUUCCUCUAACAGGAUCAAGGGUUUCAAUCCAGCCGACAAAGGCAAAGCUGGCGCCGAGGAUGGAACAUGGUUCACUAUCAAGAAGUUUGCAGGAGCUCAACUAGGACCCUACUGUAAAGCUUACAAUGACGACGAUAUCAGCGUCUGCCACAAAAACACUGCAGAUCCCCGGUGGGGCUAUGACCCUGGCGAGUACGCGUAUGUUUAUGAUCACGCAUCAGGCACUUUCAAAUACAAAGGGAAGUGA